GUUUUGAUCACCAAGCACAAGGAUGAAAGAUCGUGGGAGAUCGGCAGCUGGCGUGGCACUUCUCUUGUGCCAUGCAGUGCAGAGAUGGCGACGGCGAUGCAGGCAGAGCUAGCUCACCAAGACAAUUGCCGAAUGUUGACGGAAAUUCCUGUGAAGGAUUGGAUUGGCUGCCCUGCCACGGCCUCAUCCUUGAGCGCUCUCGUGGGAGCGAUCGUGCCUGGACAACUGCGAAAGUUGGAGACGGUCUUUGAGGUUGUCGGUUUGCAAGUUUUGGGCAUUUCGUCUGUGAAGACGGAAACGGAUGUAUGGCUCAUCGAUUCGUGUGCGAAGUGCAAGAAGGCAGCACCGUGCGAG